UAAAGAGGCCCACUACUAAUAUCCCAGUCACAACUGAUAAUGCCAAAAAUCAAAUAAAUGUAGUGAAUGAGGCAGGACUGGGCCCACAGAUAGGGUGCUUUGCACAUGUAGUAAAUUUGGCAUCACAAAAGGGAAUCUCAGUCAAUAGGAUGGACCGCCUCCUUGGGAGGAUCAGGAAGGUGGUUUCCUACUUUCACCGAAGCACAACAGCUGCUCAUGUGCUUAAGACAAAGCAAGAAAUGCUAAAGUUGCCUACUCAUAAGCUCAUGCAUGACGUUCCAACAAGGUGGAACUCCACUUAUGAUAUGUUGGAGCGUUAUCUGGAGCAGCAGGCAGCUAUAUACUCUGCAUUGACCGACAAGACCCUAAAGAAAAAUAUCAAAGACAUUAUCACCCUAUCAGAUGAUGAUGUGAGAGUGGCAGAGGAGGUUCUCCAGGUGCUUAAACCCCUCAAAACUGUUACAUCUCUGCUGAGCACUGAAACUUCACCAUCUGUGUCAAUGAUCCUGCCUCUGAAAACAAGGAUUCUACAAUCCAUGGCUCCAAGUGUGGACGACAGCACGAUCACUCGAGAUGUCAAGACUGCCAUUAGAGAGGACCUGGAGCCCAGAUACACUUCAGCCCCUACUCUACAGGACUACCUUCACAGAUCUACUGCCCUGGAUCCGAGGUUCAAGUCCCUGUCUCACAUGGACCCUGCUCUACGCCAGAGGACAUACAGUGACCUCACCACUGAGAUUGUGAGCAGUCUGGGCACUGAAGACUGUGAUGAGGGUCAAGCUACAGAACCAACAGGAGCAAACUUGGACACAUCUCCUCCAAAAAAGAAGUCAGCGAUGGAAGAGCUUUUUGGAGAGACCUUUGCCAGCAAAGACAUGGACAGCAAAACUCCUGCUGACAUCAUCAAAGAGGAGGUGGCAUCCUACCUGGCAGCAAGCUGCAUUACAGUGGAUGGUGAUCCACUGACAUGGUGGAAAAGCAAUGAGUGUAAAAACCCUCAUAUUGCGAAGAUGGCAAGAUGCUAUCUCGCUGUGCCAGGCUCUUCAGUUCCUUCUGAAAGAGUGUUCUCAACAGCAGGGGACAUAGUGACUGCAAAGAGGUCCACACUCUCCCCAGACAAUGUAGACAUCCUUGUCUUUUUGAAAAAGAAUUUGAAAUUAUAAGCUCAGGUAUGCUUUGCUUUCUUUCUUUUAUUUAUCUUUGAUUAUGUGGACAUAGGCUUUAUUUCAUUAUCCAUGUUUCAAGGAAGAUGAUGUGCCAGUUCUUAUGUUGCACUUUAAGUUGUUUUUUAUCAA